AUGAGCACAGCAGGAAAAAUAAUAAAAUGCAAAGCAGCUGUGCUAUGGGAGCUAAAAAAACCCUUUUCCAUUGAGGAGGUGGAGGUUGCACCCCCCAAGGCCAGUGAAGUUCGAAUUAAGAUGGUGGCCACAGGAUUGUGUCGCACAGAUGACCAUAUGAUUAGUGGACAACUGGCCUUACCACUUCCUGUGAUCUUAGGCCAUGAGGCAGCCGGCAUCGUGGAGAGCAUUGGAGAAGAGGUGACUACAGUAAAACCAGGUGAUAAAGUCAUCCUGCUCUUUCUUCCCCAGUGUGGAAAAUGUGCCGUUUGUAAUCACCCAGAAGGCAACAUCUGCUUGAAAAAUGAUGUGAUUGUGCCUCGGGGGACCAUGCAGGAUGGUACCACUAGGUUCACCUGCAGAGGGAAGCCUGUCUACCACUUCUUCAAUACCAGCAGCUUCUCUGAGUACUCCGUGGUAGAUGAGACCUCAGUGGUCCAGAUCGAUCCAGCCUCACCUCUGGAGAAAGUCUGUCUCAUCGGCUGUGCAUUUUCUACUGGUUAUGGGUCAGCCGUCAAUGUUGCCAAGGUCACCAAGGGCUCUACCUGUGCUGUAUUUGGUCUUGGAGGAGUUGGCCUGUGUGUAGUCAUGGGCUGUAAAGCAGCUGGAGCAGCCAGGAUCAUUGCAGUGGAUCCCAACAAAUACAAAUUUGCAAAGGCCCAAGAGGUGGGGGCUACUGAGUGCAUCAGCCCACAGGACUUCAAGAAACCCAUCCAUGAAGUGGUGAAGGAAAUGAGCGGUGGUGGUGUGGACUUUUCAUUUGAAGUUGUUGGUCAGCAUGACACCAUAGUGUCUGCCCUGUCAUGCUGUCAUAAGGCAUAUGGUGUAAGUGUCAUUAUAGGGGCACCUCCCAGUUCGGAAGACCUCAGAAUAGACCCUACGUUGCUAUUGACUGGACGCACCUGGAAAGGAGCAAUUUUUGGUGGCUACAAAGGUAAAGAUUCUGUCCCCAAACUUGUGGCUGAUUUCAUGGCUAAGAAGUUUCCAUUGGAUUCAAUAAUAACUCAUGUUUUACCUUUUGAAAAAAUAAAUGAAGGGUUUGAUCUUCUUCGCUCCGGAAAGAGUAUUCGUACAAUCCUGACAUUUUGA